AGGGUGUAUUUGGGCAACCAACUGAUCGAGGCGAGCUUUGUUCGGAGAGUCAACCGGUUCCUCGCCGUAGUUGAGUUGGACGCCGUUGAGGAGAGAGUGCAUGUCGCCAAUUCCGGAAGGCUUCGUGAGCUCUUUGUGCCAGGGGCCCGCGUAUGGCUCAAUCCGGCGGCCAACCCCGGACGCAAGACGGCCUACGACCUGGCGCUGGUGGAGGCCGAUGGCGUGCUCGUGUCUGCGGACGCGCGACUGCCCAACGCGCUGGUGGCAGAGGCCAUUGCAGAGGGGAUAUUUGCCGAGUUUGGCAAACCCGAGACCAUCGUGCGCGAAUCCACUUUUGGGGAGAGCCGAUUUGACCUAAUGCUCGAGGGCGAGGGUGCCCGGCGGUAUGUGGAAGUCAAAUCUGUGACACUGGUGGAAAAUGGGGUGGGCCUCUUUCCCGAUUCACCGACGGUACGCGGGGCCAAGCACCUGAAUACCCUGGCAGAGGCCGUGGAAGCAGGACACCGGGCCGCCGUUGUAUUCGUGAUACAGCGGCGAGACGCCAACACUUUCGCGACCAACGAUGAGGCUGACCCGGCGCUGGCGGAGGCGUUUCGCAGCGCUGUGGACACAGGCGUCAAUGCCUACGCAUUCAACUGCCUCGUCUCCUUGAGGGAGAUCAAGCUGGACCGGCAGCUGGAGAUCGUCCCUUUCAAAGCGAUUGCCGGCAGCCAGGGGCAGGGUCUAUGA